AUGGGUAUCAAGACUAACGUCACGCUUUACACCGGAUCAACACCAAAUGGGAUCAAAGUUCCGAUCUUGCUUGAGGAACUUGGGCUUGAGUAUAAGCUAUACCCUGUCCAAAUGAGGGCCAAUGAGCAAAAACAGCCUUGGUUCUUAGAGAUUAAUCCUAAUGGGCGGAUCCCCGCCAUCACGGAUAUAUGGACCGAUGGACAGCAGAUCCGUGUCUUUGAAAGCGGAGCCAUCCUCGAGUACAUUGUUGACCGGUACGACAAGGACCACAAGUUCUCUUAUCCAAAGGACUCUCGUGAUCAAUGGGAAGUUAAGAGUUGGCUCAUGUGGCAGAUGGGUGGCCUAGGGCCUAUGCAAGGACAGCUGGAGCAUUUUAAGAGAUAUGCAGCGGAGAAUAUUGAGUAUGGUAUCAACCGCUACCUUAAUGAGACUCGUCGCCUCUAUCGUACUAUGGAUACCCACCUGGCUAAGUCUCCUCAUGGGUUCCUCGUCGGUAACCGCCUCACCAUUGCUGACAUAGCUUGCUGGGGCUGGAUUUCUAAUUACGCUUUGGAUGGCGUCUAUCUCGAUGAGUUUCCUGAUCUGGAAAAGUGGCUGGACAAUCUCUCGAAACGCCCAGGCUUCGAGAAAGGCCGUCAGGUUCUGGCGCAGCACACUCUUUGA